AAAGCUUGUACCUUCACUUGUUACUGGGUUGCAUGUCAACAAAAUCAAAUUUACAUCAUCUUAUGGCCUUGGGUGGAUUUGGCCUAUUCAAGUGAUUGCAAUCAGAUCGAUCAUUUUAACAGUGCGUCAUGAUGGUGAACUGCUGUGGUUUGGUGUCUGAGAAAAAUGUGCCAGUUCCUCUGAAGAUCAUCUCGGUGCAGCUGCAGAUUCAGGAUCACGUGGCCUCCGUCAGUUCCAGUCUGCAGUAUGUCAAUGAGGAGGAGCAUCCGCUGGAGGCCGUGUUCAUCUUCCCGCUGCCUGCUGAUGCUGCCGUCUGCCACUUCAGUGCCAGGAUCGGAGAGCAAGAGAUUGUGGCGGAGGUGCAAGACAGGCAGAGCGCACGAGAUCAGUAUGAUGAUGCUGUGAGUUCAGGUCAGCAGGCGUUUCUGCUGGAAGAGAGUGAUGAGAGUCCGGAUGUGUUCAAACUGAAUGUCGGCUGUUUGUCUCCGGGUCAGACUGCCGUCAUCUCUAUCGUCUACGUCAUCGAGCUCAGCAUUCAGGCUGACAACGCACUGCGCUUCUGUCUGCCGGCUGUACUCAACCCACGAUACAAACCAGCAGCUUUAGCUGCCAGUGUUCCAGAAGUUUCCUCAGCAUGUGUUAUUCCCUACACACUGUCUCUGAGUGUCGAUGUGAGAUCUUCAGACCACAUCUCCAGACUUGAGUCCAGCUGCCCUCUGGAUCCUCUGGAAUUCCUCGAUGCACAGCACAGUCACGCCACGGUGAAUCUGAGUGCUGGUCACCGGUUUGAUAAGGAUGUCGAGCUGCUUCUGUACUAUGAGAACACCCAUCAGCCCACUGCUGUGGUGGAGGCCGGAGCAGCUGCAGCUCAGCCAGGUUCUCUGAUGGGCGACCCGGCACUCAUGAUCAGUUUGUACCCAGAGUUCCCUGCGGAUGUGAUGUCGUCACUGGCGUUUCAGGGCGAGUUCAUUUUUGUGGUCGACAGAUCCGGCAGUAUGAGCUGCAAGAUGCAUCAUGGGAAAGACGCACAGAUGCGCAUCGAAAGCGCAAGAGAUACGCUGCUGCUGCUGCUGAAGAGUUUGCCAAUGGGAUGCUACUUCAACAUCUAUGGAUUCGGCUCUCGUUUUGAGUCCUUCUUUCUUCAGAGUAUCGUGUACAGUGAGGAAACUAUGGAAGAGGCUCUAAGGAGAGUAAAGAACAUGAAUGCAGACAUGGGCGGCACAGAGAUCCUACAGCCACUGAAACAUAUCUAUAGUCAGCCCUGUUACCCGGAUCACCCUCGACAGCUGUUUGUCUUCACUGAUGGAGAGGUGUCGAACACUAAGGAGGUGCUGGAUCUGGUGAAGAGUCACGUUUACUCUCACAGGUGUUUCUCCUUCGGGAUCGGUGAGGGUGCGAGUACGGCUCUCGUCACAGGAAUGGCUAGAGAGGGUUCUGGUCACGCUCAGUUCAUCACAGGCACUGACCGCAUGCAGCCCAAAGUGAUGCAGUCGCUCAGGUUUGCUCUUCAGCCGGCCGAGAAUAAUAUCUCUGUGGACUGGACCGUUCCUGAGGGCGUGACGGUGGACAUGCUGUCCCCACCCAUCAUUGCUCUGUUCCAGGGUCAGAGGGCGCUCAUCUACGCUCAGAUAAAAGGACAGAGCUCAGGAGAGACAGAAGGAACAGUAACUGUGAAAUACAAGCUGAAAGAUCAACCAGUGACUAAUCAGCUCCAGUUUACUCUUAAACCAACGGAAGACACAGGACUGACGAUCCACCGGCUGGCGGCCCGGACUGUGAUCCGCUCUCUGGAGCUGCAGGAACGAGCCGGACUACCUGCAGGUGUAGAGAACAUCAGGAACCGGAUUGUGGAGCUCAGCGUUCAGGCAGGAGUGAGCAGCGUUCAUACGGCCUUCAUCGCCGUCAAUAAAGACAGCAAACAGACUGUGAAAGGGCCGUUGCUGCAGAGGAGAGUGCCGUUACAGCGUAUGUGGCAAUUCUCUGCAAUGGGUGCCCCCCCUGCGAAAAUGAGCAGUAAGAAAUAACAUACAUUGUUCUUU